AAAAGAGAGAUCCAGCGGAACAAUUUCAAAAUGGCGGAAUCAGAGGAAACCGAAGAAGUAGUGGAUCAUUAUGCAGUUUUAAACGUCCGUAGAGAGGCCAAUGAAAGUGAAAUCAAAGCAGCUUACAGGCGCAUGUGUGUGUUAUAUCAUCCGGAUAAGCAUACUGAUCCCGCCAAGAAAAAAUUGCGUGAAGAAUAUGAGAGACUACAAAGAGAGAAGGAGGAGCAGCGUUUACGGCAGAUCACAAAUCCAACAGGAAGUAUUUCUGUUGGAGUGGAUGCUACAGACUUGUUCGAUAAUUACAACUUAAUUGAUUCUUUUAAUGAAAGGGUUUUGCCAAACAUUGAAGUUAGUUCCAUGUCAAUCUCACAGUCAAUAGAGGCACCUCUGACUCGCACUGAUACACUCACUCUAGCUGGUAAUUUAAAGAUCAAGAAUGGGAAUGGAGAUGGUAGUGUCUCAGUGUCAACAAGGAGGUUAUUUUCACACAGUAAAUGGGCUGAGGCCACCUUUGAGGCUGGAAAUGGCCCAAAUCUUACCCUUCGGGGAUUUGCAAACCUUACACAGAGAAGUCAUAUAAUUGGAGGAAUUUCCAUCAGAGGUCAUGGCAGUGCAGUGUCUGGUGGAUUUCAUUGCAGUACAUUGACGCGUGCAUCUCAAGUGUACAACUUUCCAAUAAACUUGUCGGAAGAGAUCCAACCAGCCGCUAUAUUUUAUGGCACGGUCGUUCCAGUUGCUGUGUUCUGGGUCGUGAAGAUGCUGAUUGUCAACCCAUUUGUGAAGAUGGAAAAGGAAAUGGAGACAGAAGCUAAUAAAACGAAACAUGCAAGGCAAAUGGCGGAAAAGAAGCGAGAGGCAGAGAGUAGUAUACAACUAAUGCAAGAGACUUGCGAGAGAAUAAUUGAAUAUGAAUCAUCCCGGCACGGCUUAAUAAUAGUAAAUGCGUGGUAUGGACACUUGGUGUCCAUGGACGAAAGUACACAGGGAGGUAAUCGAGGCCCCAGUAAAGUAAUCGACGUUACCGUCCCUGUGCAAUGUCAAGUGAAGGACUCGCGGCUAUUUCUCACAGAGUCAUCAAAGCUGUCCAUAUUUUUGGUGUUCCAUGGUGGUCGCAAAAACGGAGUCAAGGAGUAUGUUUCAUGGCACAUCCUACUAGAUGAGGUGCUUGAGGAUUAG